AUUUAAUCAUGGGUAAUUGAUGUGAAUACGAGCAUUCGAAUCCUGGCUGGGUUGAGAGAGAAAACUAUGAAAUCCCAAUUCAGAAGAAGAAGAUUAAAGCUUUGAAGAUUUUGGAAGAUAAAAUUUUGACUGAGCAAAAACUCUGGAGGAGGAUACAUAGGGAGGGGGAGACUCAGUGAAAUGAACAGUCGAGUUUUAAUAAAGCUGAAUAUAACGAGACUUGAGGGACAGAUGAUGAUCCACGUGAUAGUACUUGAGAAGAUCAGUUUGAGAAUCUUAGGAGAAGUUGUGUCAGAAAUAACAGACUUUCUGAGCCAAUUCCGAUUUCAGAACUGCCUUCAAAAACUGAAAAGGUGGAUUUUUCAAGACCGUCUCUAAAAUCUGAUGAAAAUAAUAUCAGUUCAAAAGCUACUAAAACCUCUCUCCCAUGUAAGACGUUUCCAAUAAGAAGAAAAGGAAGUAGUGUUAAUAACGAUAACCACUAUGAAUUCAGUCCCUUUGCGAAAGAAUAUCUGAAAACUACUUACAAGCAUUCGCUUUCUUCUCCCCAAUAUCCUCUUUUCAGAGAUAACGGUGACAGUAGUAGUUCCUUAGAGAUUUAAAUUAAAAUUAAGAAUUGUA